GCAAGGGGGCAGGCAGAUCAGAUGCUCUUGCUAAGCAGGAGGUGAAAUGGGGGUUUGUGGCAGCAGCCAUGGGGUGCUGGCCAGUGCAGAGGGAUCCAGGCAAGUUCAAAGGGAUUAUUCCCAUUGGGGAGACCCUGCUUCCCAGCCUAAAAGGGAUGUUGGGUUAGAGUAGUCAUCCUUUUUGCCUUAACUUAUUGCCUCCUCUGUUUCAUGCUGUCCCACAGCCCUGAUCCUGCCUCUAUGGAUCUGGCAGGGAAGGAGAAAUUCAGCACAGCAUCAUGCCCAGGUUUCCUGCAUGUGUGAAGCUCUGGUGUGGCCACUGAGAGGUGGUGGUGACACAGGGGUUUUAAUGUCUCCCCUGCCCUGUCAUUUGGGUCAGUGCCACUCAGUGAUGCAGCCUGGGACUCCCUCCAGCUUGCUGCAUGUGAAGGUGGAGGGACCUGGUUCCCUCCAUGAGUUGAUGGUGGCAUCUCAGUCCUGCUGGUGCCCAGGUAGUGCUGCCUGUGUGCUGCCUGCAGCCAGGGCUCACAGGCCCUUUGGGAGCUGGGUCCCCAGGCCACGCUAUGCCCACUCUUUCCUCCCUGUUGACAUUCCUGGGCUAUUCUGGGAGCUGCCAGCAAGCCCAGCCAGCUGAGAACUUUGCCCCUUGCACUAUAGUUGCAUCAUUUCUGGUGGGUGCUUUUUCCCAGACAGCCCACUCUAUUUACAUGUCACCUCUGUGCUUGGCAGGGGCUCUGUGUGGUCAAGACCUUGGAGUCAGCGCUGCACGGCACAGUGGGCACAGGACAUGCCUGAAGGGUUGGCUGGGCUUCAGGUUCCCACUGCACUCUGUGGGUUCCCUGCUCUGGCACAAGAGCACUGGGCUCUCCUGCUGCCCCCACAACAUUGCAAUCUUGCAUCACUUUCAGGAGAUUUCUACAGGACCCUGUCCUCGCUCAGGCUGUGUGCCCUGCUUUAAGCACAGCAUCUGGGGCUAAGGAUCCAAAGAACAUCUUCAGGUUGAUAUGACACUGGCUGCCACCUCAUGAACCCUCAGUACAUACAAAUGUCCAUUUUAAUUUGUGGGGAAGAGGGAGCAUAGCAUACACCUUCACUAGCCCUGCCCAGCUCUGUCCUAGCGUGAGGCUGGACGAGGCAGUCCAAAGGAUAAACUUGGACCCCCAGACUCAUCACAUGGUAGGAGUGACAAGAGCCCAGAGAGGUGAACAGUCCCCAGGGAGCUGUGAACAGUCAGUCCCCAGGUCAUCCUGUGAAGAGCGCCUGAUCCCUGCUGUGUCCUCUGCCAGCAAUAAAUGAGAUUGGGCCUGCUAGGAUGGCUAAGGUGGUGCCUAGGGGAAAUGCACAGACUGUGGGUGCAGGUCUGUAGGCUCCAUGGGCAGGCAGGUGAGGCUGGGAUCCUGCUGGCAGGCUGCUUGGCCGUCAGUGGUCCUCCGCCUGUCCACAAUUUGCCCCAGCUCUCACUUCCUGCAGGUUUUGGAGCAGGUAGGGAAGCUCAGCACUCUGCUGUCCCCGCAGGGAUACCUGGCCAGGUCCCUCUGCACCCCUGGGCAGAUGCUGGGUGAGCUCCAGGCAGGCAGAGUCCUAUGCACACUUAUAUGUGCAAAGCACUUGGGCACACUCCGCCCUGCACACUCAUAUGAAGCUCCCCGAGCACAGCCUCCUGUCUGCCCCCCUACUUGUGUCCAGCCUGGCCGCGUUGGGGCCGGAGACAGAUGUUUGGUCCCUCUCGAGGCCCGUGUCUGGCUGGAGGACCCCUUCCGUGGGGACCCGACAGCCUGGCGUGGAGCAGAGGGGUGGGGAUGGUGGUGGGGCGUGUAACAGCGCCCCGCUGCUCGGGGAGCCCCUUUCCCGGGACAGCGGGGCGCCGUCCGCCAGCCGCCCCCGCCGCGGGGGGGUGCUAAUCCCGGUAAUCCCCCGCCCCGGCCGCGGCCCGACGGGACGGGACAGGCAGGUGAGCCGGCCAAUGGCGGGGGGACACCGGGCCCGCCCCCGGCCGCAGGUGCCCAAAGCGGGCGGGCUGCGCCGCACCACUCCCGGUGCCGGUCCGGUCCGUUCCGUCGGUGCCGAUGGCGGCGCGAGGCGCGGGCCCGUGGCUGCUGCUGGCGGCAGUGCUCUGCGCGGCAGCGGAGCCGCGCUGCCCGUCGUGUGCGGCGGGCGCCGAGCGGCGGCUGCUGGAGGAGGCGGCCAAGCGGCAGCUGCUGGAGAAACUGCGGCUCCGCGAGCGGCCGAGGCUCUCCCACGUCGUGCCCCGCGCCGCAGUGGCCCGCGCUCUGCGGCGGCUGCAGGCGGGCGGCACCCGCCGGGGCCCCGACGACGAUGAUCGGGGCUACGAGAUCAUCAGCUUCGCGGAGCCAGAGCCCAUGUCUUCCUCUGGCUUGGGGCUGCAGUUCCAGUUCAGCCAUACACAAGACCAGGACAUUCACAUCCUUCAGGCUCAGCUUUGGCUCUACCUUCGAGUUCCCCAAGACAUGGUAGCCAGCCUCACCCUGAGAAUCUUCCUUGCUGGUGAGGAAGGUGAUUUGGUGGGAGGCAAUCGCACAUUGCUGAGCGAGAGGCAACUGAGUGCUAAGGGCAGUGGCUGGCAUGCCUUCACCCUCACGCCUGCCAUGCAGAGGUUCUUUGGGGGACGGCGCAGGACCCUGCGGCUAGAACUGGAAAGCCAUGGGGACAGGGGUGAUAUAACGGCAAUAGUCAAUGCCAGCUGGUCCCAUCAGCCCUUCUUGGUGGCCAAAGCAAAGGUGUGGGACCCAGGACACCAUGUGGCCAAGCGCAGCCUUCGCUGCAGUCAGAACUCCAACUUCUGCUGCCGCAAGGACUACUACGUGGAUUUCCGAGACAUCGGUUGGAACGACUGGAUCAUUAAGCCUGAGGGCUAUCAGAUAAACUACUGUGUGGGCCAAUGCCCUACGCAUGUGGCAGGCAGCCCUGGGAUGGCCUCUUCUUUCCACACAGCUGUCUUCAACCUUGUCAAAGCUAACAACAUCCAGGCAUCGGGGCACUCUUGCUGUGUGCCCACACGACGACGCCCGCUCUCUGUCCUCUACUUUGAUCGCAAUAGCAACAUUGUCAAGACUGAUAUCCCUGACAUGAUUGUUGAUGCCUGUGGCUGUAGCUAGGGUUUGGGGAGCUGUUCUGGGUACCCUCCUUCUCCAGAACUGUCACUUGGGGGGGGGUGGGUAGGUGGGAUGGAGCUGGAGUCAGACCAUAGUGCAAUUUUCCCCCUUUGGAAAGAGAGGGAGGGAGAGGGUCUCAUCAGAGGGAGCAGGGGUUGUUGCCAGAUAGUACCUGGUAAAGAGUUCUCUGGGGACAUGUGGGACAGAGCCUAGGCCACAUAAGACUACCUGAACCUGAGCUGUGGGUGGUUGGUGACUCUGGGCAUCCAUGCCCUAACUGGCAGCAUCCGUCUGUUCCCAAGCUGAUCCCACAUUUCUGGUGGUUGUGUUCCUCUCUAUGUGUGGGGUGAGGGGCCCCUGCUUUGUUCACAUCCAGAGUGUUUGGUGACAACUUGGGACUCUGCCUCCUUGAGAGCAGAGUGGGAUGUGGGAAAGGGUCUGUUUCUUCCAAGUAAGAAAUGUGAGGAUGAGAGGCAGUCCCACUUUUUUCCCCUACUUUGGGCCUGUUGUUUGAGACAGGUGGAAUGAGGCACAAAUAACAGGCCUGGAAGAUAAGGAUGAAGGGUAUGACUUCGUCAAGAACCCCAAAACUGCAAUGACUGGACAUAGUCCUCUGCUCCCAGGAGGGCAUGGAGCUGUGAAGGAUGACCUUGCUUCCUAGCCAGUUCUUGUGUUUUUUCCCUUUCAUUUUCCUGGGUUUUGUGGUUUUCUUCCCUGCUGCCCACCCCACAGUCAGGUCUUUUCUAGCCCAGUGCCUCCUUACAAGGAGGUCUGACUCAGACUUUGCCUUUAAGACCAUACUAAAGGUAUUUGCCUCUAGUUUUACAGCUAUUACUACUUACAUGGUAGAGGUCUCUGCAGCUGUUGGGACUCCCUGGUGCUCCAUCCUGUCUACUCACCACUCUACUGAAGAUCCCACUCUGCCUUUGCCUUCCUGAUACUCAUGUAUGCAAUGCAUCCAUGGGGCCUGUGCUUUUAAUUUAUUUUAAUACUUUGGUACAGCUUCCCCAAUAAAUGGGUGGAAAUGCAA